ACGGGCUAUGGUAUCAACUCCACAAUGCUACAGCUUGUUUAGUAAGCAGCAGCAACUCGCUAUUUUAUAACGUGAGUUGGGUUAAAUUUAAGACGUUGCGGACGAAUGAUGUGACAACCUGCGGUUGUAAGGAUUAUUAGAGAGGCUGCAGUCAUGGGUCCAGACACUACAUCGGCCUCUAAAACAGAAUCUUCAGAGGAGAGUCCUGCAGAAGUCACCGUGAAGUUAAUCUCGGAAUCAGAUUCCAAUGAUGCUUCAACCGCCACUGAACCAGAAAACUCCAAACAGCCAGACACCAACACAUCCGACAAGUGUUACCCCUGCUCCACCUGUGGCAAGGUAUUCGACCGACCAUCGAAGCUAGAGAGGCAUAAACCUGUUCACACGAGGAAACCUAAGACUCUUCAUAAGUGUCAGCAUUGUGAGAAGAGUUUCACUCAACAAGAGAAGCUGCUCCGGCACGAGAAUUGCCACAAUAGAACUAACAAGCAUCCCUGUCCUGACUGUGGGAAAGUUUUUAACAGGCCUUCGAAGUUAGAGAGACAUAAGCGCACCCACUCAAAGAAACCGAAGGUGCCUCAUCAGUGUUCAUACUGCAUGAAGACGUUCAGUAAACUUAACAAACUUGUCCGUCACAAGCGAAUGCACACUGGGGAGAAGCCUUUUACCUGCUCCAUCUGUGGAAAGGGAUUCUCAGAGUCCGGUCACUGCAAAGCACACGAAAAGACGCAUGAGGAGCAGCCGGAAAAACCUCACUGCUGCGCCGACUGUGGGAUGUGUUUCUUCAAAGCCUCAGAGCUCCGUCGACACUUUCGCUCCCACACAGGAGAGAAACCUUUCAGAUGCACCGUGUGUGAGAGCUCCUUCUCCCGCUCCGAAGGACUUAAAAGACACAUGAGGAGCCACACGGGGGAAAGACCGUACAAAUGCCUUAUAUGCGCAAAAGGAUUUUAUUCUCGGCAGGAUUUGAAUAUUCACGGAUUGACACACUCAGGAGAGAAACCUCAUCUUUGCCCUGUGUGUGGUAAAGGCUUCUCACAGCUGGGAAACAUGAAAGAGCACGAACAAAACGUUCAUAUUAAGUCAGAGAAAUAUAUUUGCAAUGAGUGUGGAGCAACCUUCACCCGAUACAAGUCACUGACAAAACAUCAGCGCACACACACAGGAGAAAGACCCUAUCUGUGCCUCACCUGUGGUCGCAGGUUUUCAUGGAGCCAUUCUCUCAGCAGACAUCGGAGGACACACGCACACAGACAGAUGUCCCUGGAGACAUCCAAAGACAUAUUAGGUUUUGAAGGACCCUCUGAGAAUGAAAUCCUUCCGGAGCCACAGUCAAGCUAAAAUGUACUAAUCUGUAGUAAUUAGUAGUGAAUUGGGAACUCAUUUUGAAGUUCUGGGACUAUUUACUUCACUGCUCGUUUUAUUUGUACACAAAAUAUGAAUUCCGAAAUUGUUAUUAUAGGGAUUCAGAUUACCUUUUUUUAUCAUCUCAGUUUUUUUGUUGAUCCCAGUUGUGUUCUGUAAAUUGGGUGACAGCUCAUGUGGCUAUUUUAGUACAUUACUGUAUGUUAUUAAGAUCUGUUUAAAUCUUCCUUUAUAAACAGAUUUUGCCUUUC